AUGUCAAAAAAUAUAGUUUUAUAUAGUUAUUGGAGAUCUUCAUGUUCGUGGAGAGUUAGAGCAGCUCUUGCUUUUAAAAAGAUCGAUUAUGAAUAUAGAGCAAUCGAUUUAAUAAAGAAUGUACAAUCAUCAAAUGAAUAUACGAAAAUCAAUCCGAUGAAAUCUGUGCCGACACUGGUGAUUGAUAAUCAAGUACUUGGACAAUCGUUGGCGAUAUUAGAGUAUCUCGAAGAGACUAGACCACAUCCUCCAUUGCUGCCAUCGAAACCGCAAGAUAGAGCAACAGUUCGUCAGAUGAUGCAAAUCAUCGGUAGCGAUAUACAGCCUCUUCAGAAUCGUAAGGUGAUCAACAAGGUUGCAGAGUUGACCGGUAAUGAGGAGAACAAGCAGAUUUGGGCAGCGAUGUGGAUCACCAACGGUUUCGAAGGACUUGAGCGACUACUAGAGAAACACAGUGGAACCUAUUGUUUCGGUGACAGUGUCACUCUUGCCGAUCUUCUUUUACCGGCACAAGUAAACAAUGCCAAUAAGUUCAAAGUUGACCUCUCACCUUUUCCCAAUAUCUUACGUAUUAACAAAACACUCAACGAUCUGAAUGAAUUCAAACAAACAAAGCCAUCUGCUCAACCAGAUGUUGACAAUUAUUGGAGAUCUUCAUGUUCAUGGAGAGUUAGAGUUGCUCUUGCACUGAAGAAGAUCGAUUAUGAAUAUAGAGCAGUCCACUUGGUAAAGAAGGAUCAAACCACUGAAGAAUAUACAAAGUUGAACCCAAUGAAGAUUGUACCAACAUUAAUUAUCGAUGGUAAUGUAUUGGGACAAUCAUUGGCCAUUUUAGAGUAUCUCGAAGAGACUAGACCAGAACCAGCUUUGCUUCCAUCGAAGCCACAAGACCGUGCAGUCGUACGUCAGAUGAUGCAAAUCAUCGGAAGUGAUAUCCAACCACUGCAAAACCUGAAGGUUAUCAACAAGGUUGCAGAGUUGACCGGUGACGAUAAGAAUAAACAGGUUUGGGCAGCCACUUGGAUUGCCAACGGAUUCAACGGACUCGAAAAGCUACUCGAGAAGCACAGUGGCAAGUAUUGUUUCGGUGACACCAUCACGUUCGCCGAUCUCCUCUUGCCCGCUCAAGUAUUCAAUGCCCAUCGUUUCAAUGUAGAUCUCACACCAUAUCCCAAUGUAGUGCGUAUCAACAACUCAUUAGCUGAAAUACCAGAAUUCCAAGCUGCACUCCCAACCUCCCAACCAGACGUUGAAUGUUAA